GCUAUCAUAAUUGUCAGAGGGUUAUGGAAGACAAGAAGAGUGUAUUAAAUAUGGCUUUACAGAACAAUGAAUGAUCAAUUGAAAUUUAAAGGGAAAAAAGUGAUGGCCUGAUGGGGAACGUACAAAAAAGAAAGAGAAGCGAAGACUUUGCAGACACGCAGUUUGUUGCUCGGAAAAGCUUUGAUGUGUCCAAUGGAUUCAACACAUACGUGUCAGCAUUCAUAUCCUUGUCUCCACUCUUUCCCAUUUCCCCCUCAUUUUUUAAACCCACUCUUACCCACUCAUGCCUGCUUCAAGCUUCCACCAUUAUUACCUUUCCAGCUCCACUAUCUUCAAUCCCAUUGGGAUUCUGGCUUACAGUGGAAAAAGCCAUGGACGAAGAAGGAAUGAGCUCAGAUGAGACAGACUCAUCAAGCAGAUUCACGAUAAAGAGUUCAGAUGGUAGAAGAGAUUCCCGGGGGCAUUUUGUCAUUCAGCUGGCGGGCACUUCUAGAAGAGAUGUCACUGAGAAAGAUGCACAAUAUUGUUACUCUUUAUUGGAGGCUAUGCCUAUGCCUGGACCUGUGUGGUCUACAACAGAACCUUGUGUACUGGCUGAACCACCGUUAUCAACAGCAGUAGCAGAAGCACCCACUGCCAGUAGUGAAGGUUCUGUAGAGUUAGAGUGGGGAGAGAAUCAAGCUUCUUCAUAUGCGUGGUGGAUAGGAUUUCUCGAGACUUUAGAUGGCAAUAUGAGCAGUGAAAAGGUGAAAUGUCCAUUUGUGGAGAACGUUGUGAAUGAAGAUUCCAAGGGGUUUGGUUAUGACUCAACUUUUGUGGAUGCAACAGAUCAAAGCCGUUGCCUUGAUGACUGGUUGAUGGUUCCAACCAUGGAGAUGGAUCUGGAAGACGUGGUUGUGCCCUAGGAAGUUGGUGGGACUUACUUUCUUUGUUUUUGUUUUGUUUUGCUUUGUUUUUUUGGGGUGAAUCGGAUAGCUUAAUACGGCAGCUUCUACUUACCGUGUAAAAUUACUGACUGAAAUCUCAUUCUGGCUUUUGAUAUCAGCAUAGGCACACAUUUGGUUCUACCUGUAGUUAUCCAAUGGUUACUAAUUUUGUGCA